AUGUCAGUCGCGAAGUUACAUCCCCGCCAUAUUCAGAACUUCAGCGAUGCCACAACAUUAGAACCACAUUGGGGGUAUGCCGACCGCGCUCUGCCCUGCACCAAUGAUGCCGGCUCUUGUGCUUAUCUGGACGUCGUUUACGCCUCCCAUGACCGAGGAAUGCUAUACUCUGGGAUCAUGUGGUGUGUGCUCGGUGGCUUUCUCCUCAUAUGGGCUGUUCUUCACCAGAUCGCCACACCGACUGCCUCCCCAAAUCUGGCCACCUCUCAAAAUGCUGGGCUUCGCAGGGUUCAACGAACCGUUGCAUCAUUCUCUCGCAGAUAUCUCUUGCCCGAUGCUACCCACAUGAUCUUCGGGAGAACAACGCGGCUUCAGGUCCUCGUUCUCACUCUUCUGGCCGGCUAUCUCUUGAUAUUCACCUUUGUUGGCAUUUCCUACAACACAUGGAUUACUCCCGUCUCGGGGCACCCUGGCCUUUAUCAGACCCGCAGCAGUAUCGGGCCCUGGGCGGAUCGCAUGGGCAUUUUGGCGUACGCUCUGACUCCACUUUCCGUGAUGCUGAGUAGUCGGGAGUCCUUCCUGUCUCUCAUCACCGGCUUGCCAUAUCAAAGCUUCAAUUUCCUUCACCGUUGGCUGGGUUACAUCAUCUUCGUACAGAGUUCUCUUCACACCAUCAGCUGGUGUGUUGUGGAGCUGAGACUUUACCAGCCACAACCAACUGUCGGCAUCGAGUGGAUCACACAGACGUAUAUGAUUUGGGGUAUUGUGGCUAUGGCACUGCUACUAUUGCUUUUCGCGCUGAGCACACCAUGGGGAAUCAGGCUCACCGGAUAUGAGACAUUCCGCAAGCUUCACUAUGUUCUCGCGAUGGUCUAUAUCGGCGCAUGCUGGGGCCAUUGGAAGCAGCUCAAGUGCUUUCUUCUACCGUCAUUGAUUUUUUGGUUCUUGGAUCGAGCUGCUCGUCUCGUUCGCACCGCUCUUUUGCAUCACCGCCCUGAUUAUCCUGGCCUAUUCGCUCUCAGGGCAGCGAACGCAGCCAUAACUCGCUUUUCGGAUCAGGAAUAUGGUGAUGUGAUACGCCUAGACUUAGAAAAUUCACAAGAGCCGUGGGCUGUUGGACAGCAUUACUACCUGUGCUUCACGCAAUGUAGUGUCUGGCAAUCCCAUCCUUUUACUCCCCUCAACGCACCAAUGUUGGAAGAGGGAAACGUGAAACAUUCAUACCUUCUCCGAGCAAAGCAUGGAGAAACGAAGAAGGUUGCUGACCUUGCUGCUAUGGGACACCUUCAUACCCCCAUCAUUCUCACAGGUGCAUAUGGCAAUGCAAUCACAAGUGACCUAUCACCGAACACAAACAUUAUGUGUAUCGCUGGCGGCACUGGCAUUACAUACGUGCUUCCUGUGUUGCUUGAACUUGCACGCCAACCAUCCUCAUUAACUCGAAACGUUGAGUUGAUCUGGGCUGUUCGCAAUAGUUCCAACAUCGCAUGGAUAGGUCCAGAACUGGACCUUUUGCAAAAAGGUCGGGAAAAGUUGAAUCUGGAAAUCAAGAUCUUCGCCACUAGGGAUGCUCGCAGCGAGUCUGCUACGGAUAUCCCACACUCGUCUUCUCCCAGCUGCUCUGAUUGUGAAAAACCUACACCUGUAGAGCGACUCGGCGGAGAAAUACAGGAAGAUAACAGACACCCCGAUCUGCCAAAUCUGAUCACCUCCUUCCUGGAGAACACAGUGGAAGGUCCAACAUCGGUGUUUGCCAGCGGGCCUGGUAGUAUGAUUAGUGAUUUACGGACUAUUAUUGCCACCUGUAACUCUGGCCCUAAAGUAUGGAACGACAAGCAGCGAUUUGAUGUCAAUUUAGUGUGUGAUGAUCGGCUAGAGUGGUAG